UCUAUCCUAUCCUUUUCUCUCUCUCUCUCUCUCUUUCUCUUCCCGUCUCAUUUUCUCUCUUUUUUAAUUUUUUUAUUUCGUUAUCACAUUUUAUUGCCUUUAGCGAAAUAGAUUGCAGUGGCUCGGGCCGCGUUCCAGGUAUUGUUAUUAGUAAGAACCGUGCACGCAAGAUUUUGCCUGGAAAAGAAAAAGGAAAAAAAGAGAAGGGGGAUACAUGUGCAUGCGGAGAGACGGCACAACGAGGGAUAAUGUGAAGCGAACGAACAGCGGCGCGAUGCAGCACGAAGGCACCAUGAUCCUGCUGCUGCCAGUGCACGAACGGAGGUUGCUGCAAUAACCGGCUGCAUUCUCCAGCCGUUCCUAAGGCUACCUGUCGAUACGAGCACGUCUCGCUUAUCCAAAGUGACCACUUGGUGAACAAUGAAGAGGCCCUCCAUCAAGACACUCGCGUGGACGUUCUGCCUGUCCACCCUUUUAUUCUUGCCGGCGAGAACAAGCGCCCUGGAGGAGAACUGUACGGACUUUCAGGGCGGCACUGUCAGACACGGUCUUCUGUACGUGCCGGGACCUGCGGUCUGCAGUCUCUGCGUCUGUUAUCAUUCCGAGCCGAUGUGGUGUCAGGCCAUUUAUUGUACGCCACCGUAUAAAUGCAAGAAGUUCCGUGUGGGUGAGCGCUGCUGCGAGUUCGAGUGCCUCGACGACAGCGAUGACUGGACUGGCCUGGAUGUGUAUGACGCCGGGGGAUCGUCGAGAAUCCAUGAACAUAGUCCCGUCCUCUGGCUGUUCGGUCUGAUCGCGUUGCUGAUGCUGCCCUAAUUUACGACCAGACGGGACCCACCAUCAUCGUCACCACGGACCUUGCUUUCCCUUGUACACAGGACUUGCCCGUUCGUGCCGACGAUGAUGAUUUUGAGCGAUGAAUUUUACGCCAAGUUUCCAAGGCAAGUUUAGUGUAUGCUGCGUAGGGUGUUCUGAUGGAUGGCACCUCCGCUUACCGCAAUCGUCCGUUCGGAACAACGUGUACCACGUGAACCGCAAGCUGGUACCUGCAAAUCGAAUUAGAUAAAUCGCGGGUUGAUCAAAUCGACAAACAAUUAAACAAUUUGAUCGAACAAGUACACAGUUAAUUUAGGAAUAAUAACCAUAAUUCGAGAGUAAAUAAUAUACUUGCUUUCGCAAUUUCAAGAUAAUGAUACGUGUAAUUAUUAUCGCAUGUGCAAAAAAUCAAACCAAGCAUGAAUGAAAAUAAUAUAUUUUCUUACCUUUUUUGAGCGAAAUUAAAAGCGGCUUCAGAUUCGGUCUUGCGAAUGCGAAUGCAAAUUGAAGUCUUUUCAGUUUGCUCAACCUUCUUUCAGAUUCUAUUUUUACAUAUUUCUUUUUUUUGCCUUGAUAUAAUAAUCCAUCAAGUGCCCUCAUCAGACGUCAUGCAGAUCCGAUAUCGAGUUAGAACUUACUCGUGUCAAUGUCAAGGAGUGAUAUGGGUAGCUCUUGGUUCUAAUAGUCGAACAGUCAGACACGUCAGCCACUGUAGGGGUAAACUUGAUCUCAUUUCGGGAUCAAAUUUAUCAUUCGUUGUCAGAGAAGACGUAACGUAAUACAAAUUCUGACUGUCGUCAGAGGAAUUGAUUCGGUGCUCAGCUCGAUUAGCUCCCCGGCUUAACUGGUAUCGAUUGUCGGGGAACAAUCGUGCGCCACGUAAAAAUAAAAGACACCCAGCAUGAAAUUCCCAUCUUUGGCAAUACUCACGUUUGAUAGACAAUUUUCCAGCAGACUGAAAACGGUCGAGACCUCGAGAAUACGCGCGCGCACGUGUACGUAUGCAAUGCAUGCUCAAAAAUUUUUAUUUUUCCAUGUCGAUAAACGAUCCGAUAAUGAACGUGUCAGGCCGAGAGAUUAGUGUGCGAGAACACAAGUCUCUCUCUCUCUCUCUCUCGCGUUGAUGCGCGCCAACAGGCGCACUUCAUCGAGUGCGUGAUAUCCCCUUUGUUAACACGACUCAUUUAAAUCUUCAAUUGAAUCGACUUUACCCUUUCGCUUCGCUUUGUCCCGAACUUGUCGACAGACGUUUUUUUUCUCUAAAAAAAGGGCACCUGCCAGCCAUCUCUGUGAUUGAAACGCCUAAUAAAAUUGGGAGCACGUGUGAUAAGGUAAUGCUCGUCGAUCCAUCGCGCCGGUUUCGCCUCGUUCGCUUGUGAACUUUGAUAUUUUUUUGCCUCUCAUCCAAUAAUUGCCGACACUAAAUUUCGCGCGUGUAGACAUAAAGAUUUUUAUAACGAACGGUUUGUGUGGAUUGCGCUUUGAAGUCACUUUACCGAGUCUUAACGGCCCGUUUACGCUACAUGAGUUUGAUCACGAUACGGAUUUAAGAUAAUAGACUACUCUCUUGCUAUGUAGAAAAAUAUCAUAAAAAAAUUUUUUUAGUAGUACUUAUAGUGUUUGAAUGUUCUGCAGAUAAAUUACAAUGUUAUAACUAAUGAACAUAACGCGCCGUCUCAUCUCUUUUUUGGAGUACGCGAGAAACAGAAAGCCACGCCGAAGGAAAGGAAAGGCGUGGGAGGAAUUUGCUUUGCGAAUUUACUUAAAGGUCCGCUCUAUCACACACAGGGUAAUCGCGAUUAAUCAUUCAUCAUCGACCAAAGGCGCAUUUCAGUCUCGUUUGAGCUUGACGCCUGAAAUGAAAUCGCGACGAUAUAGCUAAUUUACAUAGUUAUUGUCAAAUUUAUCGGCCAAUUUACAUAUUUACGGCCGCUUCUAACACGUCUCCCCAUUGUUACGAGCCACCUGAUCUAUUAUCGCGUGUUUGUGUCACGCUGAGACAUUCGAGGCAAUCUCUCAAUCGUUCGCGUCAAUUUAAGGCGUUAAGCGUCUCAAUUGAGCUGCUCUCAAUACCAAAGAUCGUCAUAAAUCAUAUUUUCAGCAUGGGCUAUGGUAAUCGCGAAAUAUAUAUAUAUAUACACCUAUAUAUAUAUGUCACGCGAGGAUGCCUUCGACAGCUGCAGCGGCUACGCACCUCGCAUUCAUCGAGUAUUUAUAAGCGGCUUCGAUCCAGCGACUCUUGUUUGGACUUGCAUUUGAAUUUCAAAUCAAUCGCGUGGAUUUUGCGUAAAAAUAAAAUGGAGCUCAACAAACGACGUUACCGCAUCACCAAAAAAGCGGACGCGACAAAAGGGACGUCAAAGUUUAAAUUAUUAUAGUUUUUAAGUAUAUAUAUAUAUAUACUCGUUCAACAAUAAUGCGUGGUACCUGGCCCGAAUAUGACUAUAACAUCUUCUCCCGAAAACUCUGCGGCUUCCUUUUAUCGACUCGCUCAGCAGCUGAAUCAGAAUACGUUUGUGUAAGAGUAUUUAUUCUUGCUUCUCAAUUUUUAGGAGAUAAAAGAAGCCGUUCGAACUUGGUUUCCAUAUUCUGACCAGGUAUCGAUAGGAUUUUUUGAAACUACAACGACUCGGAGCGAAUUUAUUUGAGCAUCGUACGACAUUGUCCCAUGUAAAUGGGAGGGAGGGGCAGUGAUAUUAUCCUUCAAUGGCGGGAAGCGCGCAAUCGCGCCUUUUUCCAAUAUGAUUGUAUUUUUGCUCUCUUCUUCCUCUCUUCCCAACGAUGGCGGAGAGGAUUAUUAAUCGACCAAUUUCUCUAAGCUUACACUCGAAACUAACGCGUUUACGCGUUUACGAGAGGAAAGAAAGAAUAUAUAAUAUAUAUUUCAGUAUAAGUACACCUACGCGAUAGCUUUAAUAUUACUAUGAUACGUAAUUACCUUCGAUUGUAAUUAUGUCAUUUGAUGAUCAAGGGGCCUUUUAUGUAUGAUAUGAUGACUCCACAUUAGUGCUGUCAAUAACCGGAUAUCUGGACACAGGGAUUAUCCGGUUUAUAUUGACAGCACUGGUACAUAUUACGAGAUUACAAUAAAAUUUAUUCCAAGUAA